AAGAGUUCAGACAAAGCUUUGAAGUUCCAGGGAUAAAAUGGAAGGGCUAACAAACUGGGAUAAGUUUUUGCUGCUUCUGUGGAAGAACUGGAUCCUGCAAUGGAACCACAGGGCUCGGACUGUCAUAGAGGUGGUGCUGCCGAUGUCAUUUAUUGGGAUUGUUCUUUUAAUGCGCGCUAAUCUUUCUACGUUUGAACACAGAACGAAAUACUACAAGGAAAAGGAUGUGACGAAGACCCACCUUCUUAGCGAAGCAGUAACCAUAUGCUACUCGCCGUCGAAUGCCGUGCUAAAUAAGUUGGUUGAAAAUGCUUUUAUGAAUAGUAUCCCUGUCAAAGAAUACCACGCGUCGACCAAUGCCGCCCAACUAGAAUUGGACAUCGUUCAAAAGAGGGCCUUCGCUGGCAUCCAGUUCGACGAUGCCUGGGCCAACCUCACGGAUGACAUUCCCGACGAUUUUCACUUUGCGCUGCGAUUUCCAUCAACAACGCGAAUGGGAAAAAAACAAUGGUUUACAAGGAAAUUGUUUCCUACAAUAAACCUUCGCAGAGAACAAAACGAAUACGUCCCGGGAUAUUUCCAAGAGGGUUUUCUGGCCCUGCAACAGAGUCUCUCGUUGGCGUACAUACGGAAAAAGAGUGGACGUGACAGUCUGCCCGAAGUGGUGAUGCAGCACUAUCCUUACCCCGCCCACACAGAAAAUGAGUUCUUACCGUAUUUGAGCUUCAUUUUACCGUGUUUCACUGUAUUAAGCUUCAUCUAUCCAUAUACGUGUAUCACCAAAUCCAUUGCCGUUGAGAAGGAAAAUCAACUGAAGGAGGUGAUGAAGAUCAUGGGACUGAGGAACUGGCUUCACUGGACGGCUUGGUUUGUCAAGUCCUUUAUACCGCUCACUAUUUCGGCCACAUUGAUUGCCAUAGUGCUCAAGGUGGAUACGAGAUAUGGGGCCAUUUUGGAGAACUCUAGCUUUACGGUUGUCCUUCUGUUCCUGAGCGCAUACAUCAUUGCAAGUAUAUGUUUCUGCUUCAUGAUGGCAACCCUAUUCUCGAGGGCCGACACGGCAGCCACAGUUACCUCAUUGGUCUGGUUAAUUGGGCUCAUACCAUUCUUCUUUAACUUUGACGGCGGCUUGUCCUCCAAGUUGCUCUGCAGCUUGAUCCCGAACACUGCCCUGAGCCUGGGGUUCAAGGUCAUCGUGAACUUCGAGGAAGUGGGCGACGGUUUUCAGUGGAGUACCCUCUUCACUCCCGCAUCCGAGGGCGAUCCUUUGACGGUGGGCGCCGCGAUCAUAAUUAUGCUGGUUUCCAGUAUCAUGUACAUGACAGUUUGCUUGUAUGUCGAACAAGUGAUGCCGGGUAAUUUUGGAGUACCGCGGCCCUGGAACUUCCCAUUUAGAAGGGAAUUCUGGGGCAUGGAAAGUAUCGAAAGGAAAAACGAAGAUUCGGAAGACAUGGAGACGCUUCGAUUGAACCCCAAGGCUUUUGAAAUGGAACCUGAAGGAAAACACAUUGGACUACGGAUAAAAGACCUCAGAGAGAAGUUUGCCGGCAAGGCGGUGGUCAAGGGAUUGACCAUGAAUAUGUUCAAGGAUGAAAUUACCGUACUGCUGGGUCACAAUGGAGCCGGCAAGACGACCACCAUAUCGAUGCUGACCGGAAUGAUUCCGCCGACGAGCGGCGCAGCGAUCAUAAAUGGCUAUGAUAUCGCGACGAGUACCGAAGAAGCUCGCAUGUCCAUGGGAAUUUGCCCGCAGCACAAUGUGCUCUUCGAUGAGAUGAGUGUGUCGAAUCACUUCCGGUUCUUCAGUCGGAUGAAGGGACUUCGCGGUGAGGCGGUCGAGUUGGAGGUGGCCAAGUAUCUGAAGAUGAUCGAGCUGGAGGACAAGGCGAACGAGCCUGCAUCGAAACUCUCUGGCGGAAUGAAGCGCAAGCUCUCCGUCUGCUGUGCCCUGGUCGGGGGUACGAAGGUGGUGCUGUGCGAUGAGCCGAGUUCCGGAAUGGACCCAGCGGCCAGGCGGCAGCUGUGGGAUCUCCUCCAGAAGGAAAAGGUGGGGCGCACCGUACUACUAACAACCCACUUCAUGGACGAGGCCGAUGUGUUGGGUGAUCGCAUUGCCAUCAUGUGCGACGGCAGGCUCGAGUGCCUCGGAACUUCCUUCUUUCUGAAAAAACAGUUCGGAUCGGGAUACAGAUUGAUCUGUGUCAAGGGCGAGAACUGCGCAUCGAACCAGGUGACUGCUCUGCUGAACCGAUUCAUUCCGGGUCUGCAGCCGGUGUGCGAUAUCGGUGCCGAGUUGUCCUACCAACUGCCGGAUCACGACUCUCCCAAGUUCGAGGAGAUGUUCAGCCAGCUGGAGGACAGCUCAGAGCAGCUGCGUCUCAAUGGCUAUGGCGUGAGCAUCACCUCGCUGGAGGAGGUGUUCAUGAAGGUCGGCGCCGAAAGGAAUAGCACUGGUAAGCUGAAGGACCAAAGCGAAAUUGUGAACGGGGCCAGAGGAAUCCGAGGCGAGGAUGACUUCAAAACUGUUAUGUUCUCGGAAAACCGAUGCCAGCUCCAGGGGCUGCAGCUCCUGUCGAAUCAAUGGAAGGCCAUGCUGCUCAAGAAGCUCCUAUAUACGUGGCGAAAUAAGCUGCUUCUUUUCGUUCUCAACGUCAUCCCGGUGUUCUUCCUAAUCAUAAGCUAUAUGGUCGCAUUUGCAAAGGAUGAUCUAAAGCCCAUGACAUUUUCGUUAGCUCAGUAUUCCUCGGCUGUGACUGUUCUAGAUAUAAGAGCUCAAUCGUCAAUCAACGAGAUAGGUCUAGAGUACGCCGGCCUGGCCAAAUCGUACGGCGAAGAUUACAAACUGGAACUGACCAACGAGGAAGACUUUGAGGACCACAUCCUCAAAGUUGCAGGAACAAAGCAAACAGGGAUUAACUCUCGCUAUCUAGUUGGCGCCUCCUUCUAUUAUAGCACGAUAGUUGCAUGGCUGAACCACCAGGCGUAUCACACUGCUCCACUGACCAUCAACAUGGUGCACAACGCCAUGGCCAAGGCACUAGUCGGUCCACAAGUGCAGAUCACGGUCACCAAUGCACCCGUUCACUACCCCUUGAGCUCCGAGUCCAAAGAAGCCGCAGCAAGGCAAACCACGCUGACCAUCGUCUCUUCGGUUUCGAUAAGUCUGUACUUCAGCAUGUGUUUUGUGAGCUCGAUGUAUAUCUUGUUCCCAGUCAAGGAGCGCGGAUCCCGGGCCAAGCUUCUCCAGUUCGUUGGCGGCGUAAAACUGUGGAUAUUCUGGCUAUCGCAGUUUAUUACCGACUUCGCCACACACUUGGUGACGGGCGUGAUUGUGAUAAUCACGAUCCUUCUCUUCCAGCUGCCGGACUCAGUGGGCUUCAAUGAGCUGGGCAGCAUCUUCGUUCUGCUACUGUUCUAUGGCAUCUCUGUGCUACCAUUUGUUUACCUAAUGGCGUUGUUCUUCAGAGAACCAGCCACCGGAUUCGUAAGGACCUCAAUUGUCAAUAUAUUUGUUGGAUUUGCAUUGGUUACCGCGGUGGUAGUUGUGAAUUGCAUAAAACAUACAAAAGAAAGUGCUUUAGAUUUGUUUUGGGCAUUCCACAUAUUCCCGCAAUUUUCCCUAGGAAUUGGUCUGGCCAAAAUUAACUUGAACAUGGUCGCCAGAAGUUUCUGCGCAAGUGGGAUUUCAUAUAGGGAAGUCUGCGAUUUGAGACCAGAAUGCUGCUUUCCAUAUUUGUCCUGGAGACGUUUAGGUGUGUUUUGGGAAUUGCUCUUUAUGCUCGGUUCCGGCAUCUUAUACUUCCUCAUCCUUUUCCUGAUGGAGUUCCGAUUGAUCCCGCUGCUAGUGUUCAAGAUUCGACAAAAGCUGAUCCAGGAGCCCUUGCCCCCGACCGAUGGUCACUUAGAUGGCGACGUGGAUCAUGAGCUGAAGCGGAUUCUUCUCAUGACUGCCGACGAGAUAUCCACGAAGAAUAUGGUGCUGGAUCGGGUGACAAAAUACUACGGUCAGUUCCGAGCCGUUGAUCAGGUGUCGCUCUGCGUACAGGGAGGCGAAUGCUUUGGCCUGCUGGGCGUGAAUGGAGCCGGAAAAACGACCACGUUUAAGAUGAUGACCGGCGAGGAGUGGAUCAGCUCGGGAGCCGCUCAUGUCCAGGGUCGGGCCCUGGGCUGGAACAUGGGCGAGAUCUACAAGUCGAUCGGCUACUGCCCGCAGUUCGAUGCACUUCCGGCGGCACUGACCGGUCGCGAGGUGCUGCGAAUUUUCUGCCUUCUUCGCGGUGUUCCGGAAGACGACGUCCGGCGUGUGACCGAGGAUCUGGCCAAGUCUUUCGGCUUCGUGAAGCACUUGGACAAGCAAACAAAUGCGUAUAGUGGAGGAAAUAAGAGAAAGCUCAGCACGGCCAUCGCAGUGAUCGGCAGUCCGUCCGUGAUUUACCUAGAUGAGCCCACAUCCGGCAUGGAUCCAGCGGCCAGGCGGCAGCUGUGGAAUAUGGUCAGCCGCAUCCGGGAGUCCGGAAAGUCCAUCAUCCUGACCUCCCACAGCAUGGAGGAGUGCGAGGCCCUGUGCACUCGACUGGCCAUUAUGGUGAACGGAGUGUUCAAGUGCCUGGGAUCCACGCAGCACCUGAAGAACAAGUUCUCCAAGGGCCUGAUCCUCAGGAUCAAGGUGCGUCGCAAUCUGUGUCGCAGGAACCAAGAUAUCGAUGCCGUCAAGCAGUGUGUGAGGGGCAAAUACCCUCAGUCCAUACUGAAGGAUGAUACUCAAGGUCUUUUAACCUUCGCCAUUCCGUUGACUGACGUUAAAUGGUCGCGCAUCUUCGGGAUGAUGGAGAGGAAUCGCAGCCAGCUGAAUGUGGAGGAUUACUCGAUCAGUCAGACAACGCUGGAAGAGAUCUUCUUGGAGUUUGCCAGGAACCAGAGGGAAGAAUCCAGUGCAGAAAAUAAAACCAACUAAGGGGCUUGAAAUUGCAUCACUGAGUCCAUAUAGUUCGGGAAUAUGUUCAGGCUUUAAAAUUCUCAAGUAACC